UGUUUUUAUAAAGCCAAAGUUCAGCCGAACUUCCGGGAUCCGGUGUAAAUGCGGACUGAAAAUGCCUAAAACCAUCGCGCACUGAUGAAUGCAUAAUAUAUAAAAGAUUUAAGAAAUAUUUCAAGAUUGAAAAAGGACACAAUAAUCAUAUAUAAAUUACCUGCAGAUAAGCCGAGAUCUUCUUUUAAGAAGCAAUGGAUUCAACAGAGUCUACCAAAGGGAAGGAGAGUGUUCAGAAAAGAUCUCCUCUGGAUCUGAUUAUGAACCAGCUCCGAAGGAAAGCCUCUUUCACGGAGAGAAAGAAACCGGCUGUGGGCCGCCUCUUCCGCCCAUCAGAGAGCAGUGACAAGAGAAACGUAGGCAUACCUGAAGUGAAAGAAUCGGAGGCCAGUGAGGGAAAGGAAAAUAAUGAGCCUGGGAAAGAGAUCAAUGACACAGAUGAUGAGACUGGCUCUGUUGUGGGCUGGGGUCGGGUGAAGCAGUUCGUUCAGAAGCUUGGGAAAACCCCUCACAGUCAGAAUCUGAGCCUGAGCCACUGUGAUCUGACAGCUACAGAUGUGGUGGAACUAGCCACGUUACUGCCAUUUCUGGCUCAGCUGGAGGUGAUGGACCUGUCCUGGAAUGAUCUGGUUGGAGGCUCCCUGAAGGCCCUUACUGCCCAUCUGCAGCAUGUAGGGAACCUGAGAGUGCUGAAGCUGUGUAGCUGCAGAUUAACAGAUCAAGACCUUACUGCUCUUGGUGAAGCUCUUGACUGCAUUCCUCUAAUAGAGGUGCUAGAUUUGUCCUGGAAUGUUGGCGUCGGUGCAGGAAAUUUCAGACACUUAACAGAACACCUCCAACCUCAAAGCACACUGAAGGAACUCCGCCUGGUGGACUGUCAGCUCUCUGAGACAGACAUUACAGCUCUGAGUGAGGCUCUUCCCAUGUUGUCUAGUUUGGAGGAAUUAGAUCUGUCCAAUAACAAACUGUCAAUCAAGGGAAUGGAGAACUUCACCUCCUCUCUAGGAUCAACUCCACACCUGAAGACCCUAAAACUGAGCAUGUGUGGACUCCGUAAAGACAGCCUCAGUGUUCUAGGACAGGCACUCAGGUUCAUCCCUGCGCUACAGCACAUCGAUCUGUCGUGUAAUAAGGAAGCAGGUGGAGGUCUCACCACACUGACCACUAACCUAGUUCUCCUCCCACACUUGAGAAGUUUGGACAUGCAUCUGUGCUGUCUAACAAAGGAGGAUGUGUUGGCUUUAGUCCAGGUAGCUCCAUCUCUCAAAGACCUCAGAGAGCUGGAUUUGUCAUCCAAUAAAAGUGUUGGAGAUACACUCCAGAAUCUUCUGCAAACCCUCCCUCUUUCUCAGAUAACCAAACUUCCACUAAAUAACUGUGCUUUGAGCGCACAUGCAUGCAAUGCUCUUGCUACUGCAUUGCAGAUGCUAAAACAGCUUGAAAGGCUGAACUUGUCAUGGAACAAGUGUGUGGGAGAAAAUCUGAGGCAAUUUCUGGAGCCUUUGCAGCCCGAUUGCAAACUACAGGAACUCAGACUGAGUAGCUGUAAUUUAACCACUGAAGAUGUGCUACAUCUAGAAUCUGCUUGCCAGCGUGGAGCUCUGUCUCAUCUGAAGCAGCUGGAUUUGUCUUAUAAUGGCAGUGUCGGGGAUGGUGGUUGGACGUCUCUUUUUGAGAAGGCUGCUGCUCUAAAGGAACUGGAGGAGCUGGAUGUCAGUCUGCGUCCUUCUGCAUCCCUCUCCGUGUCUCCCUGGCUGCCCGCCUUGUUGGAGGCCCUUCCGCAGCUCUCGUCCCUCACCCGUCUGUCUCUGCAGCACUGGGCUCUGAGUUCAGCCGAGAGAGAGAAGCUGGAAAAAAUUCUUAGCAAGAAGAAUGUCAUCCUGGAAUGUGACAGGCUGGCCACGCCCACGCCAAAGGCUGCAGGUUAAUUGGAAGCAUUUCAACCGCUUUGAUAAUUAUGGUUUUCCAAGGUACUGAGAUGUUACUGAGAAUGUGAUGACUGAAAGGCAUUCAACCAUUACAUGCUUUCCUUUGAUCCAUAAAUAUCAUAAACUUCAUUAUUUACUUAGAUUUGUGUGACGAUUCAUACAUUUUCAUUUUUGUAUCGAAUAUCCCUUUAAGUGUUGAUUGUAGAGAUUAUGAGUAUUUAGAUUUACACUUUUCAUUAUUUUAUUCAUUUGAUUCCCUUCUCAUUUACAUUAAACAAAAAGAUUGUUUUAAGACACUUCAAAAAAGGUUUAUCUUGACUUGUUUCUAGUCAAAAUAUCUAAAAAUUCUUCAAUUUUACUAGGUAAGCAAAAUGACAUAAGAUAUUUAGUCUUGUUUCCAGGAAGAACAAAAACAAACCAAAAAACAACAAACUGGAGGUCCUUCUGCAACUAAAGUAAGUGUAUUUUGCUUAAAAUAAGUAAAAUUAUCUGCCAGUGGGGUAAGUAAAAUAUUCUUAAAACAAGUAUUUUACUUACCCCCACUGGCAGAUAAUUUUACUUGAUGCAAGCAAAAUGCACUUAAUUUACUUUUUCUCCCUGGAAACAAGAGUAAAGAUCUUAUGUCAUUUUGCUUAUCUAUUAAAUGCAUCUUAAUUUAGGAAUUUUUAGAUAUUUUGACUAGAAACAAGACAAAAAUACUUAACUUGCUAAAUCAAAAAUCUCUCUGACUUUUAUCUGUCCUGCCAAAACUGUUGGAAAAUUUGCAUGUGACACCCAAUACAGCGAAGACUAAGUGUCAGAGCAAAUCAUUUACAUAAAUGACGUGUUUUUCACAGACAUCAUGGCAGCCUGUGACAUUUCCAAACACUGGACACAUGGACAAAAAGGGCUGUUAUCAAAAACGCUAACUUUGUGAUUAAUUAUAAUAAAUACAAAUGUAACCAA